AUGGCUCCUUUGGCAUCUUUUGUCUUUCCCAUGGCCAGUGGCCACACGAACCCAGCCCUCCCACUGGCACGGCGCCUGGUGAAUUUGGGCUGGGAUGUGCGCUUCGUAAGCUUCCCCGCCUUCCGCGAGGCCGUUGAGGACACAGGGGCCCUCUUCGUGGACGGCCACGCCUUCAAUGACCCUUCAACUUCAGAAUUCGUUGAACUCCACGGUUUCGACUCGAGGCUUUCAUUGGUUGUGGCCAUGUGUAGUGCCAUUCGCCUGGAGAGGGCAGCCGAGAAGUUGCUGGGCUACUUCCGGGAGACGAGGCCUGAGUUGGUGGUUUACUGCCCCCACCUCUCGGCCUACGCCCACCUGGUAGCGCGGCACUUGGGCAUCCGCAGCGUCAGCCUCCUGACUUUGCCUGGCCCAGGUAGCAUGGAGAAGAUCGCAGAGACCUGUGGCCUCAGCAGUGCCGAGGUCUGUAGUCUGCUGGCCCAGAACCCUCCUCAGCUGGAAGCCCUGGCGUGCUUGAAGACGAAGCUGGAGCUCCCGGAUUUGUCUUUGAAUACCGUGCCUCCGCUGCACCGAGACCACUACUCGCAGCUGAACCUGGUCACCACCACCGAAGUCUUGGCUGAUGACUGGAAGGAGGACGCGGCCCUCUACGCCGCUGAAGGCAAGACCUUCGCGUUUGUGGGCCCUCUGAUCGACAUCCCUGGCGCGAAGCGCUGUGCUGGUCAUAGCAAUCAGAAGGAGGCAACGGAGGCGAGCGAAACGCUCCCGAAGCGACUCCCCAAGCUCCACCGUGUUUGUAGUGCUGUGGAUGAGGUCUUCCCACAAGAGGCCUUGGAGGAAGCUGUGGCCGCUGGCCGUCAGCUCGUCUUGGUCUCCUUGGGCACAGUGAUCACCGGAGAUAGUGGGAACCACGGAUGGCUGGCAAGGGAUGGCAGCGCUAUCACAGGCAAGGAGAUGUGCCAGUCGGUCUUCCGCGCAGUCUUUCAGGCGCUUGGCCAGCAGACUGAUGAGGGGCCGCUGCUACUGGUGGCUGUUGGUCCGCAAGAGGAUGCGCUGGAGGGUAUUGAUGUGCCCCUGAACUCAAUCUGUCGCAACGUCCUGCCGCAAGUGGACAUCUUGCGCCAGAAGCCCGUAGUGUUUGUGACUCAUGGGGGGCAAAACUCUUUUAUGGAGAGUAUGUUGGUUGGGACGCCGCUCGUGGUGUGUCCCGGUUUCGCAGAUCAGCCGGCGAAUGGUGCCAAAGCGCAGGCCAUGCAAGUCGGUCUGUGCGUAGACAGGCCUGACAAGGAGGAAGAGGUGGCCAGCUACCAGACGAGGGUGGCCGAAGCCCUGCAACAGGUCCUGGAGAUUCCGAGCUUCCGCGAUUCAGCGGAGCGUGUUGCCGAAGGCCUCCAUGCAGCGGGCGGUGUUGACAGGGCCAUGCAGCUGCUCAUUGGCAAUGAACAAAACUAG